AUGGUACGUGGAAACUCUCUUACCGACGACUUUAGAUUUCUAGUUAAUAAUCCUCAAUAUAGUGAUUUAGAAAUUAAAUGCAAAGAUGAUAUCAUCCUUUAUGGCAACCGUGUGGUCCUUGCCGCUCGUUCUGAAGUGUUUGAUAGAAUGCUCUUUGUCAGAGCUUCUGAAACUUAUGAAAAACAGAUUUCUUUUCCAAAAAUCGAAUCAUCGCACAUGAAGAUUAUACUUGAGUACUUAUAUACUGGAAUAGUUCUGAAAAAUGAUAUUACAGUCGAUAAUGUUUUUGAAGUAUUAGAUGCGGCAGAUUUCUUUCAAUUAGAAAAACUUCAAAGUCUUAUUUCAGAUUACUACAAAAAUAUGUGCACGGAAGGAACCGAAAAUAAAUCUCCCGAGUUACUAUCUAAAGCAGUUCAACUGAUGUCACCUACGGCUGAAAAUGAAAUAAUUAGAUAUUUAGUUGAUGCAGUUUCUGAAGUUCCUUUAGAUUCUAUUAAAUUCAAUAGACUAUCCCUUCAAGGUUUACAAUGCAUGGUGUCGAAAAGAAAUGAAAAGAAAAAAUUUGCAUCUAGUGAAUACUCUGUUUUUCGUUUUGCAGUCUUGGCAGCUGCAAAAAGCAUCUCUCAGGAAGCACUUUCUUCUCUUGAAGUAAAACUACCACCAUGGACGAAAGUUAAAGAAGCACCUCAAAAUAUCAAAAAUAAUGAAUCAAUAGAAAAAGAAAUAGGUACAUUGACUUCUGAAAUUAUAAAACCCAUUAUCGAACAUGUGGACUUUAGAAGGAUCGAUGCUGAGAUUAUUGCAAAGAUAAUCGAACCAUUAGAUAUUGUUUCAUCCAACAAAAUUACUGACACUUAUCGGUUUUUAGCCCGUAUAAAAGCUUCACCGUGUCCUUUUUAUGGGAUUCCUCUCCUAAUGUGGGAUCGAAAUGGUUGUGGUGCAGGUUUAGAAAUUAGUGAAGAUGGAUACACAGUUAGUGCAUCUAAAAAUUUUGCUAGUCAUAGAAGUGUAAAAAUCGACUAUCCUAUGAGUAGUGGUAUUCAUGAAUUUCACGCGCUGAUUGAGAAAGAUAGUUCUUAUUCUUUGUUUGGCGUUUGCAGCACGGAAUUAAACUUUUCUAAAAAUCCUGGCGAACAGCCAUACGGAUGGGUUUUGGAUUCUAGUGGUAAUGCCUAUCAUAAUUGUAAAGGUGUUUUCUUAGCUUCACAAUUUGGUGAAAACGCAAAAAUUAUUGUGCAUCUAGACAUGGACAAUAAGACGGUUGCAUUUUCGGUUAAUGGCACAAGAUAUCCACCAGUUUCAUCAUGGACCAAUCUUCCAUCAAAUCUUUAUUUCGUUGCUUCACUCAAAUCUCAGGGAAG